AUGGAACUUCCAACUCGCGAUGUUUUGUUGUCUCUGCUCACUCAUGCUCCCAAGUCUAAAAGUCCUGGUCUUGGCGGUUUGCCUUUUGAAUUGUAUCAAUAUCUUGCUGGUGUUUCUACUGAUUUUCUUGACUUGCUUGUGGAUGUGUUGGGUGCAGCUUUUUCUGGUGUGUUUCCUCCUUCGUGGCAACAAACUCGCAUGGUCUUAUUGUUCAAGAAGGGUGACCCUCAGUUGUUGGUUAACUGGAGACCUUUGUCCUUAAUUAACAGUGAUGCCAAGUUAUUUACAAAGCUCAUUGCUAAUCGUAUGAACAAAGUGUUGCCAAAGUUAAUCAACCCUUAUCAAACUGGUUUUCUCCCUCAUCGUCUGAUCUCUGACAAUGGCUGGUUAAAUCAGUUGUUGAUGUCUCACUUGCGUGUUGUUGCUCCUGAUUUACCUCAAGUUGCUGUUUUGUUGGAUCAAGAGAAGGCGUAUGAUCGGGUUCAUCCUGAAUAUCUUUGUCGUGUGUUGCUCCGGUUUGGUUUUCCUGGUGAUCCUCUCUCUCCAUUGUUGUUCAAUCUGGCAUUUGAGCCUUUGCUUCGUUCUCUUCUUGCUUGUCCUGGUCUUUCUGGUGUUACUCUGUCUCCUGUUGAUAUCCCACGUAAAUGGAAGCCUUUACCGGUCGAAGUUCGUGUGGAUCAUGGUACUGGUGCCCGGAAUUGGACUUUGGACUUUGCUAGUGGCUCUGUUGCUCCUCCUCCUGUCAAGAUUCUGAGCUAUGCGGAUGAUCUUGAGGUGUUUUUGUCUUCGCCAGAGGAGUGGUCUGUGCUGUUGUCUGUUCUUGAUCUGUAUGGCCGAGCAUCUAAUGCGAAAGUCAAUAUCAGCAAGACAGUGUUGGUGUCGUUGUCUGGUGUGUCUCACUCUGCUUGGGUUGCUUUGGCUGAUUCUACUGGUCUCCAGUGGCAUGACGCUCACUCUCGUGGUGCAGUACGUUACUUGGGUUAUCCCUUGUAUCAUACUGAAAGUCAACUUCAAGACUAUCUUGAUGGUGUCUUGGUGAAGGUCCAGCGACACAGUAACUUGUUGAAACAAAGGAAUCUCUCCAUUAGGGGAGCAGGACUAGUGGCUAACUCGUUACUGUUGUCAAAGGUAUAUCAUUUGUUGCGUGUUGUUCCUGGUGGUGCUACUACUGCGUCGUGGUUGAAGUCUCUCACUACGGUGGUCCGUGAGUAUCUGAUGUCCUUUCGCCCUGGUGUUGCUUGGUCUACUUUGUGUCUCCCCCGCAAGUUUGGUGGUGUUGGUCUCGUGGAUAUAGCAGAUCAAAGCUUAGCUUUGCAUCUUGUCUAUUUGCAACGUUUGUUGCGUCCACCCUCUCCCAGUGAUUUUGUCUCCUCUUGGUUGGUGUAUGCUUUUCAAGUUUACACUGGUCAUAAGUCCAUCUUGCCGUGGUUUUGUUUUCCUGGUCUUUACCAGUCUCGUGUGUCUUCUGUGCCUGCUCUAACACAUCUUGGAAAGCUUCUGUUGAGAUUGCCAAAGCUAGUUCCUUCCUCUGGUUGGUCUGCUAGGUGGUUUCUUGAUCUUCCCUUGUGUUCUGUACUCAGUACUGUGCCUUCUGUUCGUCCUCCUCGUGAUCCAUCAUCUCUUGAUCCUCGUUUUUUGGUGUCGGAUGUCUCUUUCUGGCAACCUGAUUUAGGUAUAGUUGAUGGUGUCACCUCUCAUCUUGCUUGGUCAUCUCGUGUUUUGCGCCCUGUUUUUCUUGCCUUGAACCGUGAUCGUGGUCCUGUCUCUCUGGUAUUCCCGCCUGUCAUGGAUAGUAAGAUAGUCUUGUCCCAAGCAGACUAUUUUGCUAUGCCCCGUUCUGAUGGUGCUACCUCUUGGAUGCCAGAUUGUACUCAUUGGACUGUCUCCAACUCGUCUCGUUCUGCUGCUCCGGUUGCUCGUCUCUCUCUUGGUGCUUUGCGAAGGUAUUGGCACCCUGCAAAGGGUACCAUUACCUCUCGUAUGGGUCCUCCCUUGAAGUUGCCUGCUCAUUUGUUGCUGUCUCCUGCUUUGUGGCGUACUUUCUGGUCCCUGGAAAUGCCUGCAAAGGCUUUCACACCUUGGUGGCGAUUGCUACAUGACCGUGUUCCGCACCGUUCGUGGUGCCAUAAGAUUAUGCCUACAAAAGUUCUGUCUCCUGCUUGUGCUCUUUGCGGUUUCUCUACAGAGGACCUUUACCAUUUCGUGGUGGGUUGCCAUGUCAAGUCAUUUUUCUGGCAGGAUGUAGUCUCUUUGUUGUCACUUCAAGAGCUACUCCCCUCUGCUUCUUCUAUUUGGUUGGCGCUGACUACCUUUUGUAGUGGUUCGGAUUUGUUGGUGAUCGAUGAGGAUGUUCUGAUUGCUCUUGGUGCUGCUUACAGUACACUUUGGAAGUAUCAUUGGCGAUGCGUCAUAGACGAGGAGCCUUGGAUAGCUUCUGCUGCUAUCAACAUGGUCCGUCAAGACCAUGGUAUACUCUUUUCUUCUCUUUCUUUGGCAAGUGUUCAAGCUGGCACCUUGGCCUUGCCUGUAAACUCUGUAUAG